AUGGCGCAUCGACGGUCUCGCUACGACUCGCGCGCAAAACCCGACUCGGCCCCACCCGUGAACGCGUCGGUGAGGCACCCUAGCUCGCAAGAACGUCUCUCGUUGGGGUCUGUUGGGGCUAAAACGUGCGCCGAGUGGGCGCGGGACUCCCGAGCCGAACAAGAAAGACACGGGCGGCCUCAACGGAGCGCGCUGGAAGAAGGCCAGGCAGGCAGGGCAUGCCAAAAGAGAAAAAGGGGACGCCAGGCCCCGCCACCGUGGACCGAGUGCUGCCGGCCCCGUGGCAGAUCUCCGAGUGGACCGCCGGAGACGGAACGGGCGCCCAGCGCCGAGAGAGAGAGAGAGAGAGAAGAGAGCCUGCGCGGACGGGAUGCAGAGGGGCCCCCUUCCUGGCAGCCGCCGAGGCGCCGGGUGGGCCCCCAUAGGCGAGAGAGAGGCAGAGGCCUAUUGCGAACCCAUCGACCUCAGAUCGGGCGAGAGGACCCACUCGACCUAAGCAUAUCACUAAGCGGAGGAAAAGAAACUAACCAAACUUCCCCCAGUAGCGGCGAGCGAAGCGGGAAGAGCCCAGCGCCGAAUCUCCGGGCCCCAGCGGGCCUGCGGGAACUGUGGCGUGAGGAAGUCCGGUCCGGCUGUCGCGGCGGGGCCGAGGCUAGACCGAUAGAGCACAAGUACCGUGAGGCAGCCUGCACUUCUCCCGGGCGCGGCGCCCGCGAAAGGCUGGGCAUCCGGGCCCGCCUAGGCUCGCCUGUUGGGGUUCUUCCGGCCACCCCGGUUCCCCCGACCGGGAGGGGGCGGUCGGAGAGCCUGGAGACCGGCCGUGGUCGCGCCGGCCGCCCGGCCGAGGAAGGGACGACGGGCCGCGCCCGCCCGCGCGCCGCCUCCCCGCAGCGGCCGCCGGGCCGGGCCUCCCGGCCUGCCGGAGGGCCCCGCCCGCCUCGACCGUCCCAGGUGGCGCCGGGCCGGCGGUCCCCGUCCGGGCCGGUGUCGGCCGCGCUGAGGCGCCCCGGGUCGGCGCUGAGUAUCCGCCCCACCCACGAGCGCCGGUCGUCCCCCCGGCCGAACAAGAAAGACACGGGAGGCCUCGAGGGAGCGCGCCGGAAGGAGGCCAGGCAGGCAGGGCAGGCCAAGAGAGAAAAAAGUGAGACCAAGCCCAGCCAGCGGGGACCGAGUGCCGCCGGCCCCGUGGCACAUCUCCAAGUGGACCGCCGGAGAGGGAGCGGGCGCCCAGCGCCGAGAGAGAGAGAGAGAGAAGAGAGCCCGCGCAGACGGGCCGCAGAGGGGCCCCCCCUUCCUGGCAGCCUCCAAAGCGCCGGGCCGGGCCCUCAAUGCACGGGCGCCCAGUGGGCCAUUUUUGGUAAGCAGGACGGGCGCUGCAGGAUGAACCGAACACCGGGUUGGGGCGCCGCAUUGCGGCCGACGCUCAUCAGAGCCCAGAAAAGGCGUUGGUUGAUACGGGCAGAAGGACGAUGGCCAUGGAACUCGGAGUGUGUAACAACUCACCUGCCGAAUCAACUAGCCCUGAAUAUGGACGCUGAGCGUGCCGCCCACACCCGGCCGUCGGGGCAGAGAAAGAGUGGGACCGCUGCCCGGGUGGUACGCCCCGACGAGUAG